AUUACCCAUAAAACUUUCUCUAGUACUAUUUUAGGUUUUUCUAACUUGUUCCAAUGAUUUAUGUUGAUUUUUGUCAGCAUGGUGCAAUUUUUAUCCGACGACUACCUUCCACUCCAGGGUAAGUAAACAGCCUAAGCAGUGACUCCCUUAUUCCUACUCACUUGGGCCAACUCCUCUGGGGGAAGGGCAAGGUGUAACAAGGCAGCCGAAAAAGGCGUUGGUCAUCCAUGAAGAGGCAGAUGACAGAAUACUUAGCAAAGGGCCAAGGCUGGGGUCCUUGGUCAGUGUCUGUACCGAGGGUCGGGAGCAGAUAUCACAUAAGCCGUAGUAGGCCUAAUCCAUCACGGGCAGGAUGAGAGUAAUGUGGGAAUGGGAUCAGACACCAGAGGGCGAACAGGGCAAGACCUGAAUGAAAUCCUAUUCACACAAUUCACAUAAUCCAGCAGAGAAGGCAGAGGGGAAAUUAAGUAGUGAAGGGAGCAGGUGAAAACAGGCAAGAGACAGGUUAGCAGAAAAGACUUGAUUAGCAAGGCGAGAGAGAGAGAGUGACGCAGAAGUGAGGCAUAAACAUAACAUUAAAAGUAUGAUUCAUAACGCCUUGAAACAUGUCCUGGGCCUUCAUAUGGACGUACCAAGAACACCUCAGAAGGAAGAUGUCCAGGAGGCAUCCAAACCAGAUGCCUGAGACACCUCAACCUCUCUUAUCUCGCCUCUUGAUUUGGAGGAGAAGCAGCUUUACUCUCACCCUGUCCAGCAGAGUCUGUGCAGGAAACUCAUGUCAGCUGAUUGUAUCCCUGAGUUUGUUGCUACCCAGAGUUCAUGAUGACAGAUGAGGGUAGGAAUGUAGAUUGACUGUUGAAUAAAGAACUUAGCUCAGCGCUCUCUCUUCACCUCGAUAGAUCGGUACAGCGCUCACUCCACUGCAGACAGUGCACCAAUCUCUAUACAGGCAUGAAGAUGGCGGGCAAUAACUCGAGCCUCCUGCUUGAGUUCAGUGAUGGCAACUCCAGAGUGGAAGAGUGCCCAACCACACUUGUGGACACUGGUUCCAGAGCCAGAGCCAUGCGUUGAGGUGAGCCUGACUGUAUCUCUCAACCAUGACCCUUAGGGGUGGUAGACGGGUUCGUCGCCCUGAAAACUGGGUGGUCAUCCCACUGGCCAUCCCAAGAGAAGACCUCCAUCCCCUUUAGGUUAUAUUCACUUCACACAAACCACCUUUUAAUCGCCUUGUCUAAUCAAAAGAUAAAUCAAUAAAUAAAUUAAAUAAUGAGUAAAACACCAAUGUAUAGCCACAGGCAGAACGGUGACAACGUUACUCUGAAUGAGUUGGAAAGUGAAGGAAUGGAUCACUUUUCAUCCUAACUUAACAUUUUUACAAACUGGCACAGGUAUUAUUAUCAUCAUCAUCAUCAUCAUCAUCAUUAUCAUAUAUGACACUAAAUGGUCUAUGUGAAAUGCAUGUUCUCGUUUUCAUCUCUACGGUCCGGAAUGAUGGCUUGUAGAUAAAAAUCAGCCGCAGGAAGAAAAUUCUGCAAAUGUCAUAUUUGAUGCUCAAAGAGGGACUGCAUUGCUCCUUCUGGUGUCUGUCUCUGUUCAUAAGGGUCCAUUUCAAAGUAUCUGAGUGUGUGAGACGGGGAAAGAACUGGAGGGGUGCCUUUAACCCAAAUGACCGAUUACAUAACAUCCUAAAAAAAAAAAAAAUCACUACAUACAGAUAACAGAAAAAUAAAUAAAAAUAAAUCCCAAAGCAGCGAAUGGGUGAAUGAUACCAGUUCUCCCCAUGGUCCUUUUCUCUUCGUGGGAAUGAUGCUGAUAUCGCCAAAACCUCGAGUCCUCUGAGUGGAUUCAGGAUCAAUGAGAGAGAGAGAGAGAGAGCAGAAAGGGGUGUCUGCGUGUGUAUUUUAAGCCACAGCUGUUGAGCUACCCGUGCUCAAACCCGGAGAGACAAGCGGAGAGCCGAGAGGAGUACACCGUCCGUCUCUUCGCUCUGCGGACGCGUGUGUAAAACCCGUCAGCUCCCGGAUUUGCUUCCAACUUUUCUGUUUUUAGCUCGCUCAUCUCGUCCUUGUCGCAUUCCUCCGAGCGUUUGGAAUGACCACUUUUCCCGCCUGCGUCGUUUCCAUGUCAGCAUGGGAACUGCCGUGUCCAAAAGGAAGAAUCUGAGAAACGAUGCGAUAUCUUCUGUGGCAGCAAAAGUUAGAGCAGCGCGAGCAUUUGGAGAGUACCUGUCCCACACGCACCCUGAAAACCGAAACGGAUCAGCUCAUCUUCUGUGUGAAACCUUGGUGGCUCCGGAUCCAGAGUCGCCAAGAGACGCGACUGGACUCAACAACAACAACACUCACCUCCCUCCCUGCUCCUCUGCUAAAGGCUGUACGGACAAACCAGAUCCUAUCCUGGCAAAGGAAAAGCUGGGCCUAAUCCAGCCUGCUCUCCCAUCCAUCUCAGUUUCUACCAAACCGACUGGUCUCUCGCUUGAACAUAGCUUUGCAGCAGAGGAGGACCAGAAGACGUCAUUUGAGUGCACCCGUGUGUACACCAUCUCCUCCCAGCACGGCAUGCUGAUGAGCAGUGGCCGGGGCAGCAAAGAGAGCCUAGAACUGGACAUCCUGAAGGAGAAGUCCGGGAGCGGUGGGGUGGGGUCUAGAGGUGGCCCAGUCCAGCCCUCCACCUCCCCGUCCUCUGCCUCCUCAUCUCCAACCCAGUACAUCCGCUCGAGCAGCAGCCGAGGCAUCAGCAGUUGUAGCCACACUCACCACUGCAAUCACCACCACCACCACGCCCCCGUCUCUGGAAUAAACGCCUCCUCUAGCAGCGGCGGCAUCAGCGGGGCAAGCUGUAGCGGCAGUCACCAACAGCAGCAGCAAGUGGGUGCAGGAUCCCACUCCCAUCACACGACCCACCACCACGCCCAUCAUCACCAUCACCUAUCCCAGCCCCCGCUGCAGACCUCUGUCAGCGCGCACAACAUCCGCAGCCUCGGCGAAGGCGCGAAAGGAGAAGCGGAGUGCAGCGGGCUUGCUUGCGACUCGUGCAGCGGCGCGCCUUCGCGUAGCCAGGGGUCGCUGGACCUGGAAAGUACAUCCAGAGAGGCAGGCAAGCAGCACCGACGCCUAGAGCGGAUGUGGAGUGUGGACCGGGUGACUGGGCUGGAGAGAGAGGACACCAACUGGUUCCCCAAGGAAAACAUGUUCACCUUCCAAACAGCCACAACAACAAUACAAGCGAUAUCGAACUUCCGGAAGCAUCUUCGGAUGGUGGGAAGCAGGAGGAUUAAAGCGCAGACAUUCGCUGAGCGUAGAUCGAAGAGUUUCAGCCGUUCCUGGAGUGACCCCACCCCACUCAAGACUGACUCCCCUCAUGAGGCUAAAGACAGUGGAGACCUGCAGGCCUCCACUAACGCCCUGGAGGACGGAGCCCUUGAUGAUGCUCUAGACUGGGAGGAGGAGAAAGAGAUGGAGAGGCUGGCCUGUGAAGGAGAUGACUUUGUUCCUCCCAAAAUUAUGCUGAUCUCUUCCAAGGUUCCAAAAGCAGAAUACAUUCCCACCAUAAUCCGCAGGGAUGAUCCGUCCAUCAUCCCCAUCCUCUAUGAUCAUGAACAUGCAACUUUUGAUGACAUUUUGGAGGAAAUAGACAAGAAGCUCACAGCUUACAGGAGAGGAAGUAAAUUCUGGAGGAUGCUUAUCUUCUGUCAGGGAGGCCCUGGUCAUCUGUAUCUACUGAAGAACAAGGUGGCAACCUUUGCUAAAGUGGAAAAAGAAGAAGAUAUGAGCCAAUUUUGGAGAAGAUUGAGUCGCUUUAUGAGUAAAGUCAACCCUGAGCCAAAUGUGAUCCACAUAAUGGGAUGCUACGUUCUGGGAAACCCCAAUGGAGAAAAGCUGUUCCAGAAACUGAAGAAUCUGAUGAGGCCAUAUUCUGUUGAGUUUGAAUCACCGCUGGAGCUGUCUGCACAAGGCAAAGAAAUGAUCGAGAUGUACUUCGAUUUUCGCCUUUACCGCCUUUGGAAGACGCGCCAACACUCGAAACUCUUGGACUACGAGGACCUUUUGUGACAAAGACAUGCUGACAAACAGUGCAGCAGUAGCCCAGCAGUGCCAAGAGGACACUGUUAAAACUGACGAUCCGGUGGGAGAACAUAUCUUAAUUGUCAGGUUGGGGCCGACAGCUUAAAAAAAUAAUAAUAAAAGGUCGUACCUGCUUUAAUGGUGGUGAAGGCUGGAAGUGGAGGAAAAAGCAGCAGCAGGACAAUGUAGAACGACGGAGGAAAUGUGGGAAAAAAAUGAGGAUAAACCCCAACGAAGCUGAACUAUCCAUAUCAAACCUGUCAAAUCUUUUUUUUUUUCUUCAUCACUUGAGUUUCAAAAAUAUAAACUGAUGAUUAAAAGUGUAUA